AACGGCGCUGUUGAAAAGUUCAUUUUCGUGUCCAUACAGAGAGAAAGCGAGAUAUAAAUAUAUAGAUAUAGAUAGAUAGAGAGUGUGUGUGUGUAUCUUGUGUUGCUGCAUAUGUCCGAGAGAGUGUCAGUUUGCGGUCGUCGCGCUCUCGAUUGAAAAUUGUCCGAGGCAGAAAUCGACACAAAACAAGUCAGAGCGAGAGGGAAGGAACGGAGGAGGUCGCGCGCGAGAAAGAGACAGAGCGAGCGGCAGAUCGGCGAACGUUGGUCGCUCCACCACCACCACCAAUACCAUCAUCACCAUCAUCGUAUACCCAUAUUAUAGCCGCCGACCGACAAAACCAUCGUAACGACGUACAACGUACACAGAGUUGAGAGAAGUGUUGCCCUAUAAUAAUAAUCAUUAUCAUCAUCAUCAUCAAAUAAGAAGGCACCGGGCGUUACCAUAUGCAUCGACUAGGAGGUGGUGCCCAGUGUUUCCGGAAUUUUGCGUGAGGGUGGAGGAGGAAGAGGAAGGAGGAGCAGGCGACGACGAAAACACACACAACCCUCCCGACAGAGACGACAUCUCAGUCUCAGUCGUUCGCCCAUCCGCCAUCCGUUUUGUGCGUGAGACGGUAGUGAAGAAAGCGAACCGUUGGAACCGUGUGUGCUAUUACUGCAGUAAUUAAUAGGAUCGCAAUAAGAUCCAUCCGAUACAGAAAAUAAGAGAAUCGACGAGUGUCUGUGUCAGAUAGAGGGAACGAACGAACGAGAGGGAGAGAGAUAGAUAGAAGAGAAGGCACAAUAGAUAUAGAGUUCUGGCCGCAAGGAGUGUGUGUGUGUUUGAAAGAGAUAGACAACAGUAAGAAAGAGUGAGAGAGGAGAGUGUGCGAAUAUAGUAAUUCAUGUUUGUUAUGCGCCUCCCUCGCACUGAGGGUCCGAAAAACAGCAGACAUUGGGCGCAUCGCGAGUAAGCACUUCGUCAAGCUGACCGCAGUCUCGGGCGCCAAGAAGGCAAACAGUAUUAACAUCAGCAGCAGCAGCAGUAAUCCAGCCGCCGUCGUCGAAGCCCCCACCGACGACGUCAACAUCGUCGUCGUCGCCGACAACAACAAUAAGCAGCAUCAAGCAGCGGUGACCGAGAAUCAACGUCAACCGCCAACGACGACGCCGCCGCCGCCGUCCCCCCAGCAGCAGAAGCAGCCACCGCCGCCGCCCCCGGACACGAUGAACCACGUGACCGGCGAGAGGAGGACCGAGAGCACAGUCAACACAGCAGCCGCCAACCCUCAGCAACAGCAGAACCUGAAUGUGGUGGCCAACGACGUCGAGGAGAUGGAAACACAAGACGUCACGUCAAUGGAAUAUAUGAUGGAUGCAGGGGGAGGAGAGAUGGAUUCGCAGAACGAGGACAGUUUGGUGCAGGGACCUCAGACGGAGGCGGGCCUUGCUGCAGGCAGCGCCGUCGUCGCUACCACUCAGGAUGCAGAGAUGGAGGAAGACGAUGCCAGAUCCGAAGCAACAUUCUGCUUUUCCGUUCCACAAUUUAGCAAACUUAAAGACUCCGUUUUGUCGCCUCCGUGCUACGUGAGAAACCUGCCGUGGAAGAUAAUGGUUAUGCCCAGAACGAGCCACGCGCAGGAGAGGACGCCGGCCACCAGGUCUUUAGGUUUCUUCUUGCAGUGUAACGCCGAAAGCGAAUCGAGCUCCUGGUCUUGCUAUGCCAACGCCGAUUUGCGUCUGCUGUCGGUUCGUCCCGACGUUGAGCCGUUUUCCCGUAAGAUCCAGCAUCUGUUCUAUUCGAAAGAAAACGAUUGGGGUUUCUCUCAUUUUAUGGGCUGGAACGAUGUGUUGGACGCGGACAAGGGCUACAUAAAAGAGGACACCAUUACUCUGGAGGUGCACGUGACGGCUGACGCACCGCACGGCGUCUCCUGGGACAGCAAGAAGCAUACCGGAUACGUGGGGCUGAAGAACCAGGGUGCAACAUGCUACAUGAAUUCGCUGCUACAGACCCUGUACUUUACGAAUCAACUGCGGAAGGCCGUCUACAAAAUGCCCACCGAGUCGGAUGAUUCGACGAAGUCGGUCGCUCUCGCUUUGCAACGUGUUUUUCAUGAAUUGCAAUUCUGCGACAAACCCGUCGGCACCAAGAAAUUGACCAAGAGUUUCGGGUGGGAAACGCUCGACUCGUUCAUGCAGCACGACGUUCAAGAAUUCCUCAGGGUCCUCUUGGACAAACUCGAGAGUAAGAUGAAGGGAACGUGCGUGGAGGGCACAGUACCCAAGUUGUUCGAAGGUAAAAUGAUGUCGUACAUCCGUUGCAAGAACGUCGAUUACACGAGCACCCGCUCGGAAACGUUCUACGACAUCCAGCUGAAUAUCAAAGGGAAAAAGAAUAUUGACGAGUCUUUCAAAGACUAUAUCGCCCGCGAGACGCUGGACGGCGACAACAAGUACGAUGCGGGUGAGCACGGACUGCAGGACGCCGAAAAGGGUGUCAUCUUCUCGGCCUUUCCACCCAUCCUGCAUCUACAUCUGAUGCGCUUCCAGUACGAUCCGAUCACCGACUGCUCGGUCAAGUUCAACGAUCGCUUCGAAUUCUACGAGAAGAUCUCGCUGGACAGCUACCUCCAGCAGCCGGACCCAACGAAUCCGGCCAAUUACACACUGCACGCCGUCCUGGUGCACUCUGGCGACAACCAUGGCGGUCACUACGUCGUGUUCAUCAAUCCCCGAGGCGAUGGCAAAUGGUGCAAGUUCGACGAUGACGUCGUCUCCAGAUGUACCAUCCAGGAGGCUAUCGACCACAAUUACGGUGGUCACGACGAGGACAUGAACAUGACGGUCAAACACUGCACCAAUGCAUACAUGUUGGUCUACAUACGUGACUCUGAACUGCACAAUGUACUCCAAGAGGUGACCGACAUCGAUAUCCCGACAGAGUUGGCCGACCGAUUAGCGGAGGAGAAGAGGAUGGAACAAGUGAGGAGGAAGGAGAGGAGCGAGGCCCAUCUGUAUAUGACCUUGAACAUCCUGCUCGAGGAUUCGUUUGACGGGCAUCAGGGCAACGAUCUGUACGAUCCGGAGAAGGCGCUCUACCGUGUCUUCAAGAUCAAGAAGAACUCGACGGUGGCGGAGAUGAUGGAAAUGCUUGCGGACGGUUUCAAAUACCCGCCGGAGCAGAUCCGACCAUGGCCAUUCAAUACCAGAUCGAACAACACGUUUAGACCGAGCAUGCUCGAUCUCGACUCUGAUCUUCAUAGGCACGUCAUCGACGCAGCCGAGACUCAGAACCCAUGGAACAUCUUCUUGGAAUUGCUGCCGCCGGAUUCCGGGGCCAUCGGUCUGCCACCUUUCGAUAAGGAAACGGAUGUGCUGAUGUUCUUCAAACUGUACGAUCCUAAGCAGAAGAAAAUGCACUACUGCGGUCACAGCUAUCUGCCAGUUACGAGCAAGUUGGCCGAUAUCGUGCCACUGCUGAACGAGCGUGCUGGUUUUCCGUUCGGCACCGAACUGGUUCUGUACGAAGAGAUCAGACCCAACAUGAUCGAGAAGAUCAGUAAUCUGAAUGAACCAUUGGAAAAGGUUCUCGAUGAGCUCAUGGAUGGCGACAUACUGGUGUUCGAAAAGGAGGAGCGCGAGGAACUGUCGGAUUUGCCGACCUGCAUUGAUUUCUUCAAGGAUCUAUUCUAUCGCGUCGAAGUCACCUUCGUCGACAAAUGCAUCCCCGGCGACCUGGGAUUCACCAUGGAGCUGUCGCUUCGAAUGACGUACGAUCAGCUCGCCCGAGCGGUCGCCCAGCGCGUCGGCACAGAUCCCUACCUGCUGCAGUUUUUCAAAUGCCAGAGUUACAAGGAUAGUCCGGGCAAUGCGCUGCGAUGCACGUUCGAGGGCAACCUCAAAGAUCUGCUGAUCUUCUCCAAACCGAAGGUGCCAAAGAAGAUAUUCUACCAGCAACUGAGCAUCCGGGUGAGCGAGCUGGAGAACAAGAAGCAGUUCAAGUGCGUGUACUUGGGGCCGAAGAUGAAGGACGAGAAGGAGUUGAUCCUGUACCCGAACAAAGGCGGCACCGUCAGCGAUCUCCUGGAUGAGGCGAAGAAGCAGAUCGAGUUCAGCGAGGGAAGCACCGGCAAACUCCGAUUGACGGAGGUCAACUGCAACAAGGUGGGCAUGGGUCCUAAAGAGGACGUAUCUCUGGAGUCGCUGCUCCAGUGCGCCACCAAGAUCUACAGAAUAGAGGAGGUACCCAAGGAGGAGAUGCACCUCGACGAGGAUGAGAUGCUGGUACCGUGCGCGCAUUUCCACAAGGACGUGUUCUCCACCUUUGGCACACCUUUCCUGAUCAAAAUUAAACAGGGAGAGACUUUCAUCAAAGUCAAAGAAAGGAUCCAGAAGAAAUUGAAUUUCCCCGAGAAGGAAUUCGAAAAGUUCAAGUUCGCUAUUGUUUCAAUAGGCCGGGCGAACUUCAUCACCGACGAUGAUUUCGUGAUGAAUUUGGCUGACUUUAAGUCACAAUCACACCCCACGCAGACGAGUUGUCCGAAGCCUUGGUUAGGUUUAGAGCAUAUAAACAAGGCCCCGAAGAGGGCGAGGUUUAACUACUUGGAAAAAGCGAUUAAGAUCUACAACUGAGAGACUGAUGAUGAUGAUGAUGAUGAGAGUGUGUUUAUUCUAAUUAUUAUUUCAUUAUUAUUAUUAUUAUUUUACUUUCCUUUUCGAAAGCUACACGAGUAUAUAUAGUUUUUAAAACCGUA